AAACCGCUCCCGCACAAAUCAAUCUCAUAGUGAAUCAAUUAUUGCACCAUGCAAAGCCGUGGAAAAUAAGCUAAUGUCACGACUAAUAUUCAAAGCUUGUGCUGAACAAAGAUUCUAGUAUGCCAAUCAGUUUCCUAAAAGAUCGAAGAUAAUGUUUGCAGUCUGCAUUCUCUUAAUCGCUCUCUUCAACUUCCCCAAUUAUGUCGUUCCAGGAAAAAUUGUCGGGUGUUAUGUGGACACCAUCAGAAACGUCCCCUACACGGUGUCCUUACAGCUAAUCUACGAAGGUCAUUUUUGUGGCGGUAGUCUUAUAUCGCCUGAUUGGGUCGUAACGGCAGCGCAUUGCGUUCACGGAAGGUCUCCGUCCGAUCUGACCGUUCGCAUUGGGUCCAGCUACCGCGAUAGCGGUGGAGUGCUCCGGGACGUUCGGCAAAUCAUCGUUCCUGAGCAGUACAAUCCGACGGCUUCGUUUGAUUUUGACGUGGCUUUGCUGAACCUGAUGCAACGAGUAUCGAGUUCAUACGAAACUGUCGAUUUUAUACGCAUGUAUGAAGCCAGUUUUCCCACUCAGAAGGGCAUGAAAUGCUUGACUUCCGGAUGGGGUGCAACGAAGAAUCCGAAUCAAUCGAGUGGUAGAAUCAAAAGUGCAAUGCUGGAUAUCGUGGAUAUAGAUAUGUGCAGACACGCGCUCUAUCCGAGUCCGGUUACGGACAAAAUGAUAUGUGCUGGGGGUCAAAAUGACUACGCCUGCCAGGGAGAUUCGGGAGGUCCACUCGUAUGCGCCGGACGGCUAGCAGGUAUUGUGUCUUGGGGCAGAGGGUGCGGUGUAGUGGGUACCCCUGGCGUGUACACAUUUCUUCCUAAAGUGAGAAUGUGGAUUUAUGAAAAGACCGGAGUAUGAUUCUGAUUUUAAACGAGCGUUAGAAAUAAAAUGUAUUCAUUCCA